CCGCGGCAGCCUCCGCGGGUCUGGAUGGCGGGUGAGGGCGGAUUGGGGCGUCUGUCUCUCUCGGCGGUAGCGGCGGAAGUCUCGCGAGGCGGGAUUUGGCGGCAGCGGCUGCUGCUGCUGCCUGCUUGCCUCCCACCCUCCCUCCCGACGAGGCGUUUGUGUGGAAGGGGGAGGAGGCGGCGGCCGAGAAGGAGGAGGAGGAGAAGCAGGGAGACGAAGGGGAGCGAGAGCCGCCCGAGCCCCGCCGGCGUCGGGCAGAGGCGCGGAGCCGAGGCGCAGGCCCGCAGCUGCCGGGGGCUGCCCCUUCCCCCGCCGCCAUGGCCUCGGGAGACACGCUGUACAUAGCCACGGACGGCUCGGAAAUGCCGGCCGAGAUCGUGGAGCUGCACGAGAUCGAGGUGGAGACCAUCCCGGUGGAGACCAUCGAGACCACCGUGGUGGGCGGCGAGGACGACGACGACGAUGAGGACGACGACGACGAGUGCUGCGACGACUGCGGCCCGCACCACCCGCCCCACCGCCGCCACCACCACCAUCACCACCACCACCCGCCCAUGAUCGCCCUCCAGCCGCUGGUCACCGACGGCGACCCCAGCGGCGGGCCCGGUGGCGGCCCGCUCCAUCUGCACCACCACCCGCACCAUCAGGAGGUGAUCCUGGUGCAGACCCGCGAGGAGGUGGUGGGCGGCGACGACUCGGACGGGCUGCGAGCCGACGACGGCUUCGAGGACCAGAUCCUCAUCCCCGUGCCUGCCCCGGCCGGCGAGGACGAGUACAUCGAGCAGACUUUGGUCACCGUGGCCGCGGCCGGCAGCAAGGGCGGAGGCGGCGGCUCUUCGUCGGGCGGCGGCCGGGUGAAGAAAGGCGGCGGCGGCAAGAAGAGCGGCAAGAAGAGCUACCUGGCGGGCGGCGGAGGGGCCGAGGGGGGCGGCGGCAGGAAAUGGGAGCAGAAGCAGGUGCAGAUCAAGACCCUCGAGGGGGAGUUCUCGGUCACCAUGUGGGCCUCGGAUGACAAAAAAGACAUUGACCACGAGACUGUGGUUGAAGAGCAGAUCAUCGGAGAGAAUUCGCCGCCGGACUACUCGGAGUACAUGACGGGAAAGAAGCUGCCACCUGGAGGAAUCCCAGGCAUUGACCUUUCGGACCCCAAACAGCUGGCUGAAUUUGCAAGAAUGAAGCCAAGAAAAAUAAAAGAAGAUGAUGCACCGAGAACGAUAGCCUGUCCUCACAAAGGCUGCACGAAGAUGUUCAGGGAUAACUCGGCCAUGAGGAAGCAUCUGCACACUCACUGACCACUUCAGCACAUGUUUAUGCUAGAAUGCGCGGCAAAGCUCUUUGUGAGAAGUUUCCCAAAGCUAAAGAGGCAUCAGCUAGUUCAUACUGGAGAGAAACCCUUUCAGUGCACAUUCGAAGGAUGCGGCAAACGCUUUUCACUGGACUUCAAUUUACGUACACAUGUGCGAAUUCAUACUGGAGACAGGCCCUAUGUGUGCCCUUUCGAUGGCUGCAAUAAGAAGUUUGCUCAGUCGACUAACCUGAAAUCUCACAUCUUAACACACGCGAAGGCCAAAAAUAACCAGUGAAACUGCGGUGGGAAAGGUCUCGAACUCAAAGCAUCUUACCUUACAGGAGAAUGAUUGGGAAUAAAUAAGCCUCCCCUUUAUAUAUUGUUUCUAGGAAAGAAUUUAAAAAGAAAAAAAACCUGACACGCCUAAAGGACUUGUUUUUUGAUAAAGUAGCAAAAAUAAACUGUUGAGACUUCUUUGCUACCGUGCGCAAUUUUGCUCUGUAAUUGGUUUCGAGAGCGUGGUGUUUUUUAAAGCGUGGCCCCACCUGGAGGAGGCAGACAGUUCAUGGACUUGCAUCAGAGACAGUUCUUUUUACAACAGUGCUAAAAUUGGACUUUUCACAUUCUUAUAAAUAUGAAGCUCACCUGUUGCUUACAAUUUUUUAAUUUUGUAUUUUCUAAGUGUGCAUAUUGUACACUUUUUGGGGAUAUGCUUAGUAAUGCUAUGUGUGAUUUUUUUCUGGAGGUUGAUAACUUUGCUUGCAGUAGAUUUUCUUUAAAAGAAUGGGCAGUUACAUGCAUACUUCAAAAGUAUUUUCCUGUAAAGAGAAAAAAAAAGUUAUAUAGGUUUUGUUUGCUCUUUAAUUUUUUUUGGUUGUAUUCUUUGAUGUUAACACAUUUUGUAUAAUUGUAUCGUAUAGCUGUAAUGAAAUCAUGUAGUAUCAAAUAUUAGAUGUGAUUUAAUAGUGUUAAUCAACCUAAAACCCAUUUUAGUCACUUUUUUUGGGAAAAAAUACUGCCGGAUGCCGAUGUUCCGUGUACUUUCUCUUUGCCUGUUCAGUUAAGGAAAGUGGUGCUCAGUUGUAGAAUGUAUUGUACAGGCACUGACCCUUUUAACAACACCUGAUGUGUACAUCCCCUGUAAUAGAGUGGGCAACAAUAAAACCGUGGUCCUGAAGAAAGAAUAUGGCAGAAAAGUAUCUGUAAGCACAGCCUAUUUUCUUCUGUUGUCCAGAACAAAUUAUAGUUCUUUAACCUCCCAGGAAAUUGGAAGCUUAAAUAAAACACGAGUUACAUUUAUAUUUUGCUUUUUGCAUUUAAUCACAAGCAUUAGCGGUAGCAUUUAAAAAUCAGCAGUGUGCAGGCGUGAUGGCUGCAUCUUGGCAAAUGCUAUGGAACCUCUUUCCCGCUAAGGAGAGUGCUGAACACUGGGGCAUCGGCAGCAAAGUUUGAGCUUUCGCUUUCUGCCACCAACAAAUUAAUGGAGCAACCCAGCAGCUCAGUAAGCUCUUGUUGCUCUUUUCUGGCAAGGCAAAGUAGCCAUCCUUCUUUCCCCCCACCCUUCCCCCAAUUAGUGCUACAGGUGGAGACUUUGGCAUGUGAACGAUGAAUUCAAAAUGUUCUUUGGAUGGUUGUAGUCAUUCCUCUCUGGUUCGUAAUACAGAGCCAUGCUGUAAUAGAAAGUUUAUUUUAAUGUAUUGAAGUCUGAAAGCCAUCAGCUUAAAGUGUCUAAAGUACAGCUGAUUCCUGUGCAGUGGAUUGAAUUUUGCUGCCUCAGUGGGCAUGUAUGAAUCCUGCCCUUUACACUGAUUUCUUUGUAUUGGUCACCUGUGCCUGCCUAAAGAUCUGGGCUAAGACUAAGGAGACUAAGAAUUCUGACAGGUAUAAAAGGUUUUGCCUAAUUGAUUUAUGGCAUGUGAAAGGUUACUUUACCCCAUACCCUGAUCUUAUUCAAUUGUUCUUUCUUACUAAGCAGUAACUCACUCAUGUACUUUCAAGUAGGUUUGCAAUCAAGAGGGAAUCCUUUUUUAAAAAGCUAAUUUCCCCCUCCCCUACCUAUUUCCCUGUACUCCUUUUCUUCCCUUGUAUGGCUUUUUAGACUGUGAGCCUGAGGGCAGGGUCCAUCUGAUUUCAUUCAUGUAAGCCACUAUGGGAAGGUUAUCCUGAGGAAAGCAGGUAUAACAAAUAAAUUGAAAACUGAAAUGGUCA